GCAGACUUUAGCAGCAUGUCUUGGCGAGUUGGCGUGCACUGCAACAAACCUCCAGCGGUUACCUGCACACAUCUUAUUCUUUCACGCACAUGUCAUAAUUUGAGGACGUUGGUCAUUCACGAAUGUGAUUCUGUUACCCAGGAUGAUUUGAAAUAUCUUUUGGGCAAAAAUGUGAAAAUCAAGCACAUUGAUCUGACUAGGUGCUGUAAACUCAAUAGCCUUUGUCUGCAUCCAGUUGUUGUCCAUUUCAAAGAUCUGAAUGCCUUGAUAUUAAAUCAUUGCAUUUGGUUUACCACUGGAUGUUUGGAAGCUUUCACCCUAUAUCAUUCAAAAUUGCAGAUGUUGGAACUGUCACAUUGUUCGAGCUUAGGAAAUGUAUCUGCUAUUAACUCUUUCCUGAUGAAGUGUAAAGAUCUUCACACAUUGAAUCUGUCUGGGAUGGAUUGCAUUUGUGAUUCUACAAUGGAAACAUUAUCACAUUGCAACUUCAAAUUGCGAAACCUGGAUGUUAGUUAUUGUACUCGGAUCACAGGUUAUGGCAUCAGGAUGUUGGUCGAAUAUUGCAAGGAACUAAGAAAUCUGAAACUAUUCGGAUGUUCAAGUGCCGUCCAGAAAUUGGCUUACGAAAGGGUUGGCUUUCCAAGUAAUGUACUAACUCUGAAGAUUUCUAUUGAUUACGAUGUAAUUCCUUUUAUGAGUCGCAUACCAAGAAUCAUGGCCCAAGUAUAAAUAUAUUGCUUGAGUGUAAAUCUACAGGUAAAGCUGUGGAAGGUCUUGUCUGCCAUGUAGUGAAGUGCUUUGAACUGGGUCAUGAUGUCUCUGCAACACGUCUAGACUUGAGUAAGGCUUUUGAUAUUGUGGAUCACACUAUUCUACUUGAAAUGAUAAAAUACUAUGGAGUGAGGGAUAUUGAAUACAAUCUUUUGAAAUCUAACUUGAGUAACAGGUUAUUACACUAAUUAACCUUUUUUUGAGCUAUCCAAUAAUUCACUGUAUGUAAUAAUUAUAUUAAAUAAGAU